UUUUCUUCCAACCACCCCUUUCGACCGCUUGGCCCCUUUCAUCGUAGGCCAUCCAUGCCUCUCACCUGGCCCACCCUCACCCCCGCCGUCGGACUCGCCGCAGCUGAAAUCUGGCUGCGCACCCGUUAAUUCCGUCCGCCUUCGAUACUCCUACGUUUGCAACGGUGACCCUCUUGCUCUUGGUGAUCUGCACUUUACUGGCUGAGAUACGAGCACAGGAGCCAAUAUGGGCUGAAAUCAGGUAUCUCUUCGACCUCGCCGUCGCACGAUUACACCUAGGACAGCAAUGGCUAAGCGGCAAGCGGUGGGAUUUUGCUUUGGCAGUACCUAACACCCACGACCUGGCCAAUGGAGAAAAUGUCUCAGCAAUGUCGCAGCCAGGACCUGCCUUGUUGCAGAAAAGAUCUAUGCUAGCAGCUGCAGGAGAAAACUGGCGGUGAGUUCUAGCACGAGACUUUUGUGGCAGGGUACUUCUUGGAUCUAGGCUAAUUGGCGACAAAAGGGCCGGCAUCUGUGUAGGUGGCAGCAGCGGACUGGAUCAUAGGAGCUGUUCCAGCAAGUUACAGACCAAAUACGACAUCCGGCUCUUUGUGACCCGUCAAAAGAUUACGUCUAUCCAUGUACUAGUCACGAUUUGUCUCGUCUCGACACGAAAAUACGGGAUUGAAGGGGAUGGAGGGACAUAUUUGGUAUGCGAAGUGAGCUAGGCAGAGCAGCAGAAUCCGCAGAUCACAGCUACGGAGCAUAAAAGACAGACCAGACCCGGAACGCAAAAUCUCUACAAACGUUCAAGACGCAUUGAAUCGACACGACGGGCUCCUCUCCCUUGGGAAUGGCGCCGUAUGGACUAGCAGUCGCAAGACGGUGUUAUCCGGACGAGGAAGAUUGGGCCAAGGUCAAUUGUGCAUGAGAGUGGAGGAGGGCAAGGUUGAAUUCCUAAAACGAUGA